AUGUCCGACGACGAACUCGCUGGCAAGUCAUGGCACUGCUUCGCUGGAUGUCGCUCGCGGAGUCCAAAAACGUCAAAGCUAAGAUGGGGAGACUCCAAGAUUGUCAAUGGGCCUGUUUUCUCAUCGCAGAUGACGCCUCGGCCUUUGCGCACGAGUCAACAUUCGGUCAGGCCAUCAGUUCCUUCCCAAGCGUCUUCCAGUGCUCGCGACCCUGCACCUUCCUUCACCAAUGCUCACAUCCCCUCAACCUCGACGUUGCCAUCAUCCGUCAUUGCCAAAGCUGCCUCACCAAUACCAACACCAACACCAACACCAAUUGACCGGCGACAGAGCGAACAACGUACCGCACUGAAAGACGCUGAUGCCAUCUUUCAGGAGCUUUGGGAUGCUGCACUUGAAAAGGCUCGACAGUCCGAGGAGGACAAGCAUGUGUCUGAGAUGAUUGACGCAUUCACAACCAAGGCCAUCGGAGAUGAAUCUCUGGGAGCUCGAGAAUUAGCCACGGUCAUCAAGGACGAAAUGGAGCGCGAAAUCACCAGUCAAUCCCAUGACAGCAGCACGUCCCGUUUUGUCAAGCAGGUUGUUUCGACCCUUACCAAGUUUGCAGUCCUCGGCGACGUCGCCGUCAGUGUCGACCCUACUCACGCCGCUCUCCCGUGGGCUGCGGUGCGGCUUGUUCUCAUGACAGUCACCGCAGGAAGCGAGUUGAGGGAGAAGCUUCUCGGAGGUCUCACCAGAGUCACCUCGCUGUUCCUCCAGUGCAGCAUGUACCAGCGAAUCUACAUGAAUCCUAAUUUGGACACGGUGGCUACUCUUCCCGAGGAUAUUCUCGACCAUCUCAAGACAGCAAUCGUUGAGGCCUAUUCCAGCUCGUUACGAUUCCUCGGCUUUUCCGUUUAUCAACGACGACAAAAUGGAAGAUUUGUCAAAGCGCCGUUUCAGCUUGGAGACGCGGCAAACUACUUGGGAGAUAUGGAUCAGACUGGGGGACAGCUCAACCAAGCUGGUGAUAUAUGCGAGAAGUGUUACAGCUUUCAGGACCGAACAGCGGCCCAAGAUGUCCUACAGCUUGUCAGCGACCUUCGCAAGACGUUACAAGAGCCUCCCAAGGUCGUCUACCACAUGUACCAGGAGGACCUCUUAUCCAAACUCUCCACAGCAGGCGCUGCUUUUGACCAUUUCGACAACCAGGCGGAUGUUGCUUGUCACCCCAACACUCGAGUUGAGCUUCUCAAGACGAUAUAUGAAUGGACUCAUAACACCCAGGGCCCCAGAGUUUUCUGGCUGCAAGGCUUAGCUGGCACCGGCAAGUCGACCAUCUCCCAUACCGUGGCUCGAGACUUGAGAGGGGAUGCACUUGGUGCCAGCUUCUUCUUCAAGAGGGGUGAUGGUGAGCGCGAUAAUGCUAGACAUCUGUUCACCACAAUCGCAUACCAGCUUGCUCGUAAGCUGCCCUCGUUGUGCAAGCAUAUCUGCGAUGCAAUCGAGAACGAACCUCGGAUGGUUGAGGGAUAUCUGAGUGUUCAAUUCCAAGGGCUUGUCCUCGGCCCUCUAAAAAAGCUUCAAGACCAAGGGUUUACGAGAACGCUACUGGUUGUGAUCGACGCACUCGACGAGUGUGAGCAAGAGACACACCGAGAGACAAUCAUUGAUCUUUUGACAAGAAGCCAGCUAAGGAAUCUCAAGGUAUUCGUGACGAGCAGGCCCGAAUUCGACAUUCGAAAACGAUUCAGCUGUGCCAAUGGAACCUAUCGCGAUCUGGUGCUUCAUCGUGUGGACGAACACAUUGUCGAGCACGACAUACGCGUGGUGUUGGAAUAUCACAUGUUCAAGUUCAGACGCGAGUACAAUCAGGUCAGCAGUAAGGACUCCCAUCUAACUGACGACUGGCCUGGAAGUGAGAGGCUUGAAAAACUCGUUAGGAUGUGUGCUCCAUUGUUCAUCUCCGUCGCAACAUUUCUCCGGCUACUUCGACUUUGGCCAGAGGGGCCAGAUACUAUCGUCAACUUUUUCCUCGAAAACCCGGCAACGUCAACAUCAGAGUACGGAAAGCUCUACUACCCCGUAUUGAGCCGAAUGAUGGAACUUGUUCCCUGUUUCUAUCGAGACAGGUUCAGAGUCACCUUUAAGCAAGUAAUAGGGUCCAUCAUCCUUCUUUCAAACCCGCUGGGAGCCUUGCCCCUGUCACGCCUGUUGAAAAUCUCGGUACAGGAAGUUGAUGGUCAGCUCCGUUAUCUCCGCUCAGUUCUUGAUUUGCCGGAUGACAGUUCCCCCAUGAGUCCCAUAAGGCUAUUUCAUUUAUCCUUCAAAGAUUUCCUGGUCCAUGAGUCCGACGCCGGCGAGUUUCAAAUUGAAGAGGCCAAAACCCAUCAGAGACUUGCCGCUCAGUGCCUUGAUGUCCUGUCAGGGGCACUAAAGACAAACAUUUGUGACCUCAAACAUCCUGGAAUUCUACGCUUUAGUGUUGAUCAGGACACAAUCUCGGCAUAUUUCCCACCAGAAGCACAAUACGCAUCCAUCGCUUGGGUCUUCCAUGUGAGUGCGAGCGAACACAUGAUCAAAGACGGAAGUCCAGUCCACCAGUUCAUGCUGAAAUACUUCCUCAAUUGGCUGGAGUCUUUGGGUCUCAUGGGUAAAACCUCUGAGGCUUCCAGAUUGAUUGAUGACCUACAGCGGGUCACCGAUACCUCAGACAGUGUUGACAUGUCUAAAUUCCUUCAUGAUGCCAAGCGCUUUGUAUUUUCUUUCGGACGCAUGGCUAAUUUGGCACCCUUACAACUAUACUCGUCAGCCCUCAUCUUUGCUCCAAAAGCGAGCCUGGUCCGACAAACAUUUGAGGCACAAAUCCCUGAGUGGAUAGCACAGUUGCCUCUGGUGGAAUGCGACUGGAGUGCAUGCUUGUAUGAAGUCAUUGUUGGUCUUGUCCGCAGAGGCUGCGUCAUGUUCUUGCCUAACGGCCGAGUUGCGGUCACAUCGGGGCAGGGGGUCAACAUCCUGGACCCAGAAAGCCGCACUUCCAUCCAUACAUCCUCUGAUCACAACGGAGACGUGGACGCAUUGGCCCUUUUGCAGGAUGGGAAACUCGCUUCCGCCUCAUGCGAUGGGACUGUUAAAACCUGGGACCCCAAGAAUGGCGAGUGUUGGGAAACAUACAUUGUGCCCAACGCUGAGCAGAUCAGUUGUCUGGCUUUUUCGGCUGAUGGUCGUCACCUCUCCUUGGUGACAAAGACACAAAAGUGCAACCUUAUCGAAACAUAUACGGGCAAAUUGGUGCAGAAUUUCGAUUUCGGAGAGUCCAGGAAGGGUCGAGAUACUGGUUCUGCGAUAAGGACCGAACAGUUUUCCCGAGACGGAAGAUGGCUCGCGUUGAGUAGGACUGAAAGGAUCAAACUAUUCGACUGGGAGUUGGUCAAGGAUACGAAUCCGCGAUAUCUGACAAGCCCUCAACGUGCCAUCUCAAGAAUGGAGUUCUCGGCGGAUGGCAAAUUGCUAUACUCGGCCUCGUACGGCAACACGGUUGUUAUGUGGGAAACCGCGACAGGCCAAUGCCUACGCACGCUCCAAUUUCCUUGCACAGCUAUGACGGCACUGGCCUGUUCAAAGGAUCGAGUGGCAGUGGGCUCAAAACGUGGCAACAUUGCUGUACUGGGUCUCGAAGAGGGCGCGAAACCCCAAAGCUUGGCUAGCCACGUCACAGCCGUUGAAUCCCUUGCCUUCUCCCCAAAUGGAAAACUACUUGCCUCAUAUGCAACCGGAAAUUCAGCCAAGAUCUGGGAUCUGACCGUCAAGACGUCUGAAACAGGUGAAGGCCAUAGCGAGCCUAUUAGGGAGAUUGCCUUUGCAUCCAACGUCAAGCUUGUCGUGGCAUCGGACCUCAACAGGCGCCACUACUGGGAGUGGGUUUGA